GAGCAUGAACAAGUUAAAAAAGUUCCCAGGAGCAUCCUUUAUCAACUGCAGAUCUUUAAAAUAUCUAUCCGUCGACAAAAAUGAAAUAACAUCAAUUACAUAUCCAACCUUGAAACCAUUCUUUGGCAAUGACUCUCAGCUGUUACAUUUGAAUUUGAGUAAUAAUGCCAUCAGCAGCAUAGCAUCGGAGACUUUACAGCAUUUGAUUCAUUUACAAGUCUUGGAAUUACAUGACAAUGCCAUUAAAUUGAUUGGGGCUAAGGUUUUCUACAAGAUACCGGAGUUGCUGCAUCUGUGAGUUAUUUUUCUAAUUUUCAUAACACGUUUUGACAAAGGUCGUCGUAUAGAACUACAAACCUAACUGAAAUGAGACGACGGAACUAAAUGUUACUUCGCAGUCAACAUUUCCACCUCAGAAUAGCACCAGAUCGUGCAAUUUAUGUGUUGUUUGUCUGUUUCUAUCUUUGUUUGUAUAUUUGGUAGGUUUGAUGUACUCAGGGCAUUCUUCAAGGUUUCUUUUCUCUUUUUUAUUAGAAAACUAGAUUCAGGUUAUAUACAGUUCCCUUUCGGUUUUGUGUCUCUAUUUAGUCCCUUACCAGGUUCUGCGUAGAGAGGCGGAGUGGCCUAAUGGUUAGUGCACUUGGACUCCGGAACGUGCGAUCCGGGUUCAUUGUGUUGUGUUCCUGGGCAAUUCACUUUACUAUCACAGUGCCUCUCUCUACCCAGGUGUAUAAAUGGG